GAGGCCGAGCCACACAGGUAACACAGAAAAAAAAUAGAAAGGAGGAAAGAGAAAAAAAAACUGCGGGGCUUGUUAUGGAGUUCGUGUGAAGGAAACACGGAUUCCCAGCCUUCUUUACCAGUUAAACCAGUAUCUCUGGAUAGAGCGCACUCAAGUACUUCAACAGUUUUUACCCCUUGUGGUCCCUGAUGGCUUCGCACAGUGAUACUCUGGUGGUGUUCUUUGGGGCAACAGCUGGUGCAAAUGGGGGUAAACUGGGUUCGGAUGAGAGGGAAAUAAUUCUCUUGGUGUGGCAAAUUGUGGACCUACAUGAGAAAAAGGUUGGGAAGCUUCAGAGAUGUAUCGUCAAGCCGGACACUUUGGAGCUGACAGACCAGUGCAAAGAGGACACAGGCCUGACUCUGGACGACAUUGUCAAAGCCGAGCCCCUGGAUAAAGUUCUGCAACAGUUCCAGCAGUCGGUGUCAUCAGAGCUGAAAUGUCUCGGCAGAAGCUCGUAUACGCUAUGUGUCAACAGUCCCCUCAUCAUCCGACAGGCCCUCCACCCCGAAGCGUCCAAGAAGAAUCUCGUCCUUCCUGAGUGUUUCUUUACAUUUGUGGAUGUGAGGAAGGAGUUUCACAAAUGUUGCCCCAACGCUGGACCUGUGCAGAAGCUCGAACUCCCCUCCAUGUUGGAGUAUGUGGGUCUUCCUGCUGUGUCAGAGCAGUCGAUGGGGGUGAGGGAGGUGAGGAGCAUGGUGCAGCUGACGCUCUGCAUCCUGGCUGAGCCCUACAAUCACAAGUUCUCCUGUGUUGAAACGGUGAAGUACAAGUUUGAUUCCGGCACAUGCAGUAAGACGGAGCCGGUGGACAGUGAGACGGUGAUCAGAGCUCGGGGGCUUCCAUGGCAGUCAUCAGACCAGGACAUCGCUCGCUUCUUUAAAGGCCUCAGUAUUGCCAAGGGUGGUGUGGCCCUCUGUCUUAAUGCUCAAGGCAGGAGAAACGGCGAAGCUUUGGUUCGUUUCAUCAACUCAGAACACAGAGAUCUCGCACUGGAGCGUCACAAGCACCACAUGGGCAGCCGCUACAUCGAGGUCUACAAAGCCACAGGAGAGGAAUUCCUCAAGAUCGCUGGAGGUACAUCAAACGAAGUGGCCCAGUUCCUGUCCAAAGAGAACCAGGUGAUAAUCCGUAUGCGGGGGUUGCCGUUCACUGCCACACCACAGGAAGUGCUUUCCUUCCUCGGUCCAGAGAGCCCAGUGACGGAUGAUGCUGAGGGUCUGCUCUUUGUCAAGUACCCUGAUGGACGGCCCACUGGCGAUGCCUUUGUAAUUUUCUCCUGUGAAGAGUACGCCCAGAACGCCCUGAAGAAGCACAAGCAGAUCCUGGGGAAGCGGUAUAUCGAGCUGUUUCGGAGUACUGCAGCUGAGGUGCAGCAGGUCCUGAACCGUUACAUGUCCACACCUCUGAUCUCCACACUGCCUCCUUCACCUAUUGUGCCGGUCCCAGUCCUCACCUCGCCCUCCUUCCUUCCAGCGGCCAGCAGCACCCGCGACUGCGUCCGCCUCCGGGGCCUGCCCUACACUGCCGGCAUUGAAGAUAUCCUGGAGUUCAUGGGAGAGCACACCGUUGACAUCAAACCCCACGGAGUUCACAUGGUUCUCAACCAGCAGGGUCGACCCUCUGGUGAUGCUUUCAUCCAAAUGAAGUCAUCUGACAAGGCCUUUACAGUCGCCCAGAAGUGCCAUAAAAAGACCAUGAAGGACCGUUAUGUCGAGGUCUUCCAGUGCUCCACAGAGGAGAUGAGCAUUGUGCUGAUGGGAGGAACCCUGAACCGCAGCGGCCUCUCCCCUCCACCCUGCAAACUUCCCUGUCUUUCUCCCCCCACUGCGUACGCCGCCUUCCCCACCCCGCCUGCCAUCCUCUCUGAGGCUGCUCUCUACCAGCCCCCCCUGCUGGCAGCUCCCAGACCUCCUCCAACCACCACACACAGCCCUGCUCACGCCCUGGCCUACUACCCCCCUCACCCACACCUGUACAUGAAUAUGAACAUGAACUACACAGCCUACUACCCCAGCCCUCCAGUUUCUCCCUCAACAGUGAGCUACUUUGCAGCUCCACCGGGAUCGGUGGCAGCAGCAGUGGCAGCUCAGCCUCACCACCCCGCCGCCGCCGCCGCUGCCGCCGCCGCCUCCUCCGUGAUGCCUCAGCCCGGCGCCCUGGUUAGGAUGCAGGGGCUUCCCUACAACACCGGAGUCAAAGACAUUCUCAGCUUCUUCCAGGGAUACCAGCUCCAGCCAGACGCCGUUCUCAUCUUGUACAACUUUAGUGGCCAGUGCAGCGGCGAGGCCUUGAUCACCUUCCCCAGCGAGGAGGUCGCCAGGCGGGCCGUAGCCGAGCGCUCCAACCACCCCUUCUACGGCCAGCAGGUCCACUUGGUGUUCUGUAACUGACCACUAACCCCCCUGAUUCAACCUCCCAUUGAAGAGCACCCGACUUCCACAUACAGCUCUUCAGCUCUGCCAUAAAACUGAACAAGCUCCAGCUGAUCUCAGUGCCACUUAAAAACAGUUGGUGAAUCUCUCCCUGCUCCACGAUCGGCCGAUUAUUAUCACACAUCUGACUCUGCUGGCCCUGACACUCCUGAAGCCACUGCUGGAGUUUGGACAUCCACUGGAGAAGCAGCUGACGCCAUUAAAGCUUCAUGUGUUUGUACCCACUGUAAUAGCUGCUUGUGGAGACGAGACGGGUGUGGAGCCUGGACACCCCCUCGUCAUCGGCUCUGCAAAGCCAAAUAUGCAUGUAUAUUUAAAUACUCUCUAUAUGUGUCCCCCUAAAACUGUACAGAUGUUCGUCCUGAGAUGCUUGAGGCUUUACAAACCACUUCUGCACACAAUCUUUUCUGUGCAUUUCUAAAUUUUCACUCUUAAACACUACAAGAUUUAGAUUUUUUCAGAGUAUCGGAGACUUGGCGUUCUGCAGCCCUGUGCAAACGCACAUGUGUGUUAUGAGCAUGCACAAUGCGUAUUGAUUUGAUGGCCUCCAGCUGUGAAGUGGCGCCGUUAAAAACAGAGAAAAAAGCCAUAGAUUCUGACUUGUACUACUGAAACAACCGAGUGAAUAUCAACUGUACUUAACUGUCAUGGAUUAAUUUGAAUGUUGAGCUGCAGCGACUAUCAGUUAAAACCGGAGCAACACCUCAGAUGUGCCAGCGCACCAAGUAAUUUGUAACUUAUUUUCUGUAAGAGCAUUUAUGUGACAUGUAGUGUGUCAUCCAUUCAGACCUUUUUCAAGCACUACAAAAUGAUUUUGCUACAAUCAGAGAGUUAAGUGACCAAGUAGAGUGACAAAUUGAUUCUGUUUUUAUGAACCCACUUCCACAAAAAGUAGACAUUUUGUUAUGAAGUGUAAAAGGGCCGAGGCGUAUAUCCUGCAGCCUUUUAUAGUGAUCAACCUCAGCUACCAGGUCUCUUGUGUUUUUGGUUUUUCGAGAAAAUUAAUACCGAUCAGUCUGUAGCAUGCUUUAUUGACCGGAGUACUGUGUUUAAAAAAAAAAGGAAAAAAAAAAAAAAAAGCUGCAUGAUUUUUUUUCCUGUGACAAGUUUUUUUUGCCUCUUUACGGUGCCUACAUUACCCAGAGUGCAAUACUGGCCCAUACAAGGCUUGGUCAACCUCUGGUGGCAGAGGAGAUGUUUGUUUUGUUGCAAGUUUGAGACUUGUAUGAAUUUAGGUCUGUGUAUAAGUAUGUAAAACAAUAAAAAAAAAUGUUCACAAUGA